UCGACGUCAGAUUUCUUUUUUUGGCCAAGGUUCGCUUAUAAUUAAUUAAUUAUCCGUUUUCAGAAAACGAAGCCGCCGUUCAACGUGAUCGAUGUGGCUUGCUCCCGCUAUUCGGCAACCGUCGGCUCAGGUACCGGCGAUCCUCACUGCGUCUCCAAAUUCAAAGCUUCUUGCCUUUUCUUUCAGUAAAACCAAACCAUAUUGUGUCAAUUUUCCCUCUCGGCUUCGCAAGCUCAAAGUUUCAUCGGCGAAGGAUCAGCUCCCGGAAUCACAGACUGGUUGCCAAGGAAAACUUUCUACUCAAGAAAAGGGUGAGGAGAAAUCUGAUUUGGAAUGGUUCCCUGCUUUUCGUCAUGUUCUGGUUGCUUCAAUAUCGAAUUUUGCAUUUGGAUAUCAUAUUGGAGUCAUGAAUGGUCCUAUUGUCUCCAUUGCACGGGAACUUGGUUUUGAGGGAAACUCAAUCCUUGAGGGACUUGUGGUUAGCAUAUUUAUUGCUGGUGCUUUUAUUGGGAGCAUUAGCAGUGGCUCUCUGGUAGAUAAACUUGGUUGUUGCCGCACAUUUCAGAUUGAUGCAAUACCCUUAAUUCUUGGAGCAAUAUUAAGCGCAAAUGCACACUCCUUGGAUGAGAUACUGUGGGGAAGAUUUCUUGUUGGUCUAGGUAUUGGUGUCAAUACAGUUCUUGUUCCGAUAUAUAUAUCUGAGGUUGCUCCAACAAAUUAUAGGGGUGCAUUAGGGUCCUUAUGUCAAAUUGGCACAUGUCUUGGCAUUAUCACUUCACUAUCUCUAGGAAUCCCUUCUGAAACCGAUCCACACUGGUGGAGGACUAUUCUUUAUAUUGCAAGCAUCCCUGGUCUUUUUGUUGCACUUGGUAUGCAGUUUGCUGUUGAUAGUCCACGCUGGCUAUGCAAGGCUGGGAGGGUAGAGGAUGCUAAAACAGUUGUGCGUGAACUUUGGGGAGCAUCUGAAGUUGAGAAAGCAAUUGAAGAUUUUCAGUCAGUCAGCAAGAGUGAUGGUAGUGACUUGGACAGCAGCUGGUCAGAGAUCCUUGAGGAGCCACAUUCUAGAGUUUCAUUCAUUGGAGGUGCCCUUUUUGUACUUCAGCAGUUUUCUGGCAUAAAUGGAGUUCUCUAUUUUUCAUCAUUGACCUUUCAAGAUGUUGGAGUUCGUAGCAGUGCUUUAGCAAGCUUGUUUGUUGGACUCACCAACUUCGCAGGUGCACUUUGUUCUUUAUACUUAAUUGAUAGGCAAGGGAGACUGAAACUUCUAAUUGGAAGCUACUUAGGAAUGGCAAUUUCAAUGUUUCUUGCGGUCUAUGCUGUUAGCUUUCCAUUAGAUGAACAACUCAGCAACAACUUAUCUAUACUAGGAACUGUCAUGUACAUUUUCUCCUUUGCAAUUGGAGCUGGUCCGGUAACUGGUAUCAUCAUCCCAGAGCUUAGCAGCACCAGGAAACGUGGAAAGAUCAUGGGGUUCAGUUUUUCAACCCAUUGGGUUUGCAAUUUUGUGGUGGGACUAUUCUUUCUUGAGUUGGUGGAGAAAUUUGGAGUUGCCCCAGUAUAUGCAAGCUUUGGAGCAGUUUCCCUGCUAGCAGCAGCAUUUGCCAACUACUUCGUAGUAGAAACCAAAGGGCGUUCUUUGGAAGAAAUUGAACGGUCCCUUUACCCAAAACCUUGAACCAAGUGAUAUUAAAUUGAUGUGUUAAUCCAGUGGAGAAGAAAGGCCUUUUUCCACCUCCGCAACCUUUGCAGAUUCUACCACGAGUCACUGUAUAUUCCUAAUCUUCCGCAGUUCGUCUGUUGUACAAACAUUUUCCUUUAUAGUAUGAAUGAUGUUCCUUGAA